CAGGUAGUGGUGUGGAGCGCCGAGCUCUGAGCGCCGCGUUGGGUGAGGGGCUGUUGGUGGCCGCGCAGCCUCGGUAGGCGAUAUGAGUUUGGCUGGCGGCCGGGCGCCCCGGAAGACCGCGGGGAAUCGGCUUUCUGGGCUUCUGGAGGCCGAGGAGGAAGAUGAAUUCUACCAGACGACUUAUGGGGGUUUCACGGAGGAAUCAGGAGAUGAUGAAUAUCAAGGGGACCAGUCAGACACAGAGGACGAGGUGGACUCUGACUUUGACAUUGAUGAGGGGGAUGAACCAUCCAGUGAUGGAGAAGCAGAAGAGCCAAGAAGGAAGCGCCGAGUAGUCACCAAAGCCUAUAAGGAGCCUCUCAAGAGCUUGAGGCCUCGAAAGGCCAGCACCCCAGCUGGUAGCUCUCAGAAGGCCCGAGAAGAGAAGGCACUGCUACCUCUAGAACUACAGGAUGAUGGCUCUGACAGUCGGAAGUCCAUGCGUCAGUCUACAGCUGAACAUACACGGCAAACAUUCCUGCGAGUACAGGAAAGGCAGGGCCAGUCACGGAGGCGAAAGGGGCCCCACUGUGAGCGGCCACUGACCCAGGAGGAGCUGCUCAGGGAAGCCAAAAUCACAGAGGAGCUCAACUUACGUUCACUGGAGACAUAUGAGCGACUAGAGGCUGACAAAAAGAAGCAGGUUCACAAGAAGCGGAAGUGCCCUGGGCCUACAAUCACCUAUCAUUCAGUGACAGUGCCGCUGGUGGGGGAGCCAGUCCCUAAAGAGGAGAAUGUCGAUGUGGAAGGACUUGAUCCCGCUCCCAUGGCUCCCCGUGCUGGGCCUGGACCCAUCGUCUCUCCUGCUCGCUGCUCACGCACCUUCAUCACUUUUAGUGAUGAUGCGACAUUUGAGGAAUGGUUUCCCCAAGUGAGGCCCCCAAAGGUCCCUGUUCGGGAGGUCUGCCCGGUGACCCACCGUCCAGCCCUGUACCGGGACCCUGUUACAGACAUACCCUACGCCACUGCUCGAGCCUUCAAGAUCAUCCGUGAGGCCUACAAGAAGUACAUCACUGCCCACGGACUGCCACCCACCGCCUCUGCCCUGGGCCCGGGCCCACCACCUCCCGAGCCCCUCCCUGGCUCCGGGCCUCGAGCCUUGCGCCAGAAAAUUGUCAUCAAAUGAAGAGAUGUCUGUUUCUUAAAACCUCUUUCCUGCCUGACUUCGGCUCUCAGUGUCCCCCCUCCACGCCCCAUUUCUCCCUUCGUCAUCUCUAAUCUUAGCCCAGCCCUUUACUAUAUUUCUUUUGCCAUCUUUUCCCCUAGUUCCUACUGGUUUUGUUUGUGUUUUUUAAUCUAAUAAAAUAGAAGGAUCCCUUU